AUGCCCUACUCUCGUUCCACCUACAACUCCCAACCCCAGUCACCGGGGAGCUAUUCGGGCAGCAACUCAGGCUCAAGGAGUCAUCGUCACCAGCGCGGCGCCCGAUCUCAUGACGGCCGUUCCUCCUUCCGGCAGCCAAGCCCCUUCCCGGAGUCGAGAAGAUCCGAAGGGAACAGGGUUCCCCACGGCCGUGAGGCGCAACGGACUCCGCGCUCAACAUACGGCACUUACAUCUUGCCCCUGGAGGCGCAAGGUCAGUACCGGACCAUGGACCCGACAAAAAACGACAACCACAACGACGACCACGACUACGAUGACAAUCACAGCAGAACCAGCACCAACAGCUUGCCCAACUUCUCACGCAAGCGUCGAAACUCACAGGGCAGGUACCUCGUCGACGUCGUGGACAAGUCAACCGGCUCGCUGAACCGGGAGUACGGCCGCUUCUACCCCAUCUCCCUCAACCAGCACUCGACCAGUUCAAGUGUCGAAGCCUUCUUGGUGCCCGACGGGCGCCGCGCCAAGGUUAUCGUCCACUGGGGCAACGGGCAGACGGAGCGGCUCGGGAGCGGGAUCCCGAUGCAGGAGCUGCUGCGGCACGCAGACUACCUUGAAGUCAAGGACAAGAAGCAGGUGCACUGGGAAUAG